GCUGCGGUUUCCAGAAGAACUCUAUUAUGAACCAUUUUCUAUACGAACAGCUACAGCUAACUUGAGUUGUAGAUAUAAAAACCGCAUUGUUCUCUCGCGUUCUAGAUUGGGUGUGGAAAGCUUCUCGAUCGGUGUGUACGGUUAAAUCUAUAAAUCCUAGUCCUGGUAAGGUUUGCGGAUGUCACCGACCUCAGCUCGGUGUAGGGAUAUCCAUAUUAUGCAAACGAUGGAAUCACCUCCCAAGAUGAUACUGUGCGCUCAAGUAUCGACCCAGGACUUGAAGGCUGUGCCAAGACAUCCAGGAGUUUCGUUGGGAUGAAGAUACUCACAUCAAUAUGGGAUCGAGAGACAUGUUUAUAUUACCCAGCUGCAAAUCUAAAUCAUCUCAAUCUUUCCAUCGUCCCAUAAUCCCUUUCCCCUGAAUCAAUCUCCUGAACAUCGGAUGGACCCACUCCCCUGUUUCAUUGAACCCCCCGCCGCCAAACCUCCCUACCGGCAAUUCGACCAACCCCGGAUCGCUGAAUGCCCUAGGUUCUCGCAUUGUUUCCCCGACGAGAGUGGAUUUCGAGAUGGAGACUUUGUUUAUUCCACUCUAUUCCAGAUUGUUUUGUUGCGCUGUUCUGGACCUUUAAUCUAUUUGCAAAAGGUACAAAUAUGUCUCGAGUUCUCGAUUUCUCAAUGCCACUCAUCCUCUCAAAUCAUCUCUCCCAUCACCUUCAGGAAAUCACAUAGAUCCCCAAAGCAAAAUCACCAUGCGUUUCUUCACUUCCAUCGUCAGCAUUGCUGCUUUCAGCACUCUUGCAACCGCUACCCUCGACCCCGCUACCUCAAACACUAAGGGCUACUACCCCAAAUCUCCAGCUUGCACAGCCACCAAAGUCUCCAAAGCUAUUCAAGCCGCUGAAUGCGCCUACAACACCCGUGUCUCUGGCACCCAAACCUUCGCCGUCUUCGAGCAAGAUCAUCAAUAUGAUAAAUCUCACGGUGCUCCUUACGGUACCUGUUCCGCAUACACUUGUACUGCGCCUACAAAGUCGCAAUUGUCGUCAGGAACCGACUACUGGGUGUUUUACUGGGGAAGCCAGGGAACCAGCACGGGAGUUGGAACAACCUGUAUCAAGAGUCCCGUGGAUGGAACUUGUGGAUGUGAAAACUCCACCGGAAAGUUUGUUUAUGGAGGAACGAACUGCAAGUGAGGUAGUGGUUGAAAGGGGAGGAGGAGUGGGGAAUUGAGGAGAGGUGAUUGAGGAGAUGAGCUGUUGAACUUUGUAUAUAUUUUCUUCACAAGACACCAAUGAAUUUUUUGCAUGCUUACUCGCAUCUAUUUUGUCAUCUUGAUAUCUACUCAAAAUCUCCAUCCCCGAUCACGAGUUCUCCAAACCCA